AUGUCAAACGUGAUGUCCGAGGUAACGGCAAGUGUCUUCGGGAUGAUGAAUAAAGUGCUUUUUCUGGUGGCUCUUUUCAUGAAUUUCCUGCUUUCUUUAUUCUUCUUCUCAAUCAUUUACCAUGCUCACAUCUAUCGAAAACAACUACACACAGCUGUGCUCAAUUCGUGUUUCGGGUUCAUCGAGCUCUACCUCUUCUUUUUGGAGAUCGUUGUGUUGAGUGUUCUCAUUAAAGUGAAACAUUUUGUCUAUGUGGCUUAUGCUUUGUCGACAAUCCGAGUGAUUUCUGUUGUCACUACAUUGAUGUUGAUGAUCUUCGUCGAUGCCACGUUUGCCGAUGGGGUUGUUGUUUGGAUUCAAACUCGUAAGAUCAUCCCCUCAUUCUUCUCAAUCGUUUACGUCAUUCUAUUCUUCGUUGAGAUCUAUGUCCUCCGGAAUUACUAUGUGACAAGAGAAGAAACAGAAAAGAUCAAGCGUUUAAAACAUCAACCAUCACUAAAGGCUCCACUUCAAAAGAGAGCUCAAACUACCGCCUCACCACUAACGGAAGAAGAAAGAGAAUCUUCUCAUCAAAUAAAUCUAUCGAUGUUGAAUCUCCCUGAAGCGGUGACAAUGAAAAUGGAGCACUUU